GCUGCUGGGCUGGUUUUGCUCAAGGUGCGGCGGUCAUCCGUGAUAGUAAAUGACGUGAGCGAGCCCUGAACUAACGGAGCAAAGCAGGAAAUACCCCACACAGCGCUCAGGUGUAGACGGAGACAAGCGGUUUGUGUUCUGCCCCCGAAAUUGCGAGGAUUGGGGCGAAACCUUCCCUGAAAUGAGAAGGGGGGCGCGGUCCGGGGUCCCCCAGUCCAGCACCCUGCCUGCGCUCUCCCCACACGGCGUCAUGACCUGAGCUGAUCUGCGCCGAAAGAAAAAAAAAAAAAAAAAACCACAAGGCACCUUGCACCUUCGGUCAUGGAUAUCGGACAAAGGUUCGUCCUGUGGGUUCGGAGCCACUGCUGCCACGACAAGUCGUCCGCGGACAUCGAAACGAAGCCCAAGGCCAAGGGAAAAGACAUCGUGGUGCUCAAGAAUGACCACGUGGACGCCCCCAAGAGGCCGCUGCCCCCGCUGCCCCCCAGGGACAUGUACGUGGCCCUGUAUGACUACACGGCCCGCACGGCGGACGACCUGAGCUUCAGGGCCGGAGACCGGCUGGAGGCGCUCAACAAGACCGGCCCCUGGUGGUUCGCCAGGGCGCUCACGGGCAUCUCGGCCAACAAGGAGGGCUUCGUCCCGGCCAACUAUGUGGCCCAGGAGGAAAGUCUCUACGCCGAGCCGUGGUACUUUCAAGACACUAAGAGGGUAGAUGCUGAGAAGAUGCUAUUGUCUGAGGGGAAUGAGACAGGCGCCUUCCUCAUCAGACAGUGUGAAAGUCAAAAAGGAGAACUUUCGCUUUCAGUACUGGACAAUGGGAAGGUGAAACAUUACAAAGUGCGGAAACUCGAUAAUGGAGGGUACUACGUGUCCACAGCAAAAAGUUUUCUGACACUAAAGGAGCUUGUUCAGUACUACUCAGAAAAUAACCACGGUCUCUGCGUACAGCUUGGGGAACCAUGUAAGAAGCUGGAAGCUCCCCAGACUCAUGGGCUCUCCUACAACACAGUGGAUCACUGGGAAAUCAGCCGCAGCUCCAUUAAACUGCUGAAAAAGUUGGGUACUGGACAGUUCGGGGAGGUCUAUGAGGGACUCUGGAAUGGCACCACCCCGGUUGCAGUCAAAACUCUCAGAUGUGGUAACAUGGAUCCCAAUGACUUCCUCCGGGAGGCUCAGAUAAUGAAGAAGCUGCGACACUCCAAACUGAUUCAGCUGUAUGCUGUUUGCACCUUGGAUGAGCCAAUUUACAUCAUCACGGAGCUGAUGAAGAAUGGCAGCUUGCUGGAGUACCUACAGAAGGACAAGGGGAAGGAACUUCAGUUCCAUGACCAGGUUGAGAUGGCGGCCCAGGUUGCUGCAGGGAUGGCCUACCUGGAACAGCAGAACUACAUCCACAGGGACCUGGCUGCCAGGAAUGUGUUGGUUGGCGAGAACAACAUCUGCAAGGUUGCAGACUUUGGCUUAGCCAGGGUCUUCAAGGUGGACAAUGAGAAUGUGUAUGAAGCCAAAGAGGGCUCCAAGUUCCCAGUGAAAUGGACGGCACCCGAAGCCAUCAACGCUAACAAGUUUUCCAUCAAAUCGGACGUUUGGUCCUUUGGCAUCCUAAUGUAUGAAAUCAUAACCUUUGGGCAGAUGCCUUAUCCAACCAUGAGCAACUACCAGGUGAUCCAGGUGCUCCCCAGCGGGUACAGAAUGUCUUGCCCUGCCAACUGCCCCACUGUUUUCUACAACAUCAUGAUGGACUGCUGGAAGGAGAAUGACUUUGACCGGCCCACGUUCGAGACGCUGCAGUGGAAGCUGGAGGACUACUUUGACUUGGAUGUGACUUCUUAUGCAGACACCAACCGUAUACCUUAGUGCUCCCCCCCCCCCAGUCCUACUAAUGGAGGAAUAAUCUGGAAGUCUUUGUGGUCUUUGAACACUUGCCUCUGCUGGACUGGAUUUUGAAGUUUCUCAACUUUAUCACAAGGCAAAAGUUUUUUUUUUUUUUUUUUUUGGGUCAAUUAGUAAAAAUUGUGGAAAUAAUGGAGGAAAAAUGAAGAUCUUUUCAUUGGUCCAUAAAGGGUACAGUGCACCUCCUGCUCUAAGUGUGUCGUGUCUUUGGUCUGUAUGGUAUUGAGGAGGUGUCCUCAUCUGAACACGUGUGCAUCACACAGACUGGCAUGACCUAGAAUGCCUGGUUAAAGCGCCAAAUUACCUGUUUAGUCAGGUGCAGUUUAACAUUAGUACUGUACUCAUGUACAUUAUUAAUAGUAGUCAACAGCUGUGAUUAUAUGCAUAUGUGUUUCGUUUGUCUCUGGAUAUGUUUCCUGAAAGAUCUCAACUCAAAUUUGUACUUAAGCAUUUUUGUUUUAAAUACUAGACAUUAACUAACAUUUGCUUCUGAAGGACUUCUAUCAGCUGCCACAGACUAGGGGAUUGAAUCAUAGCCAGCAAGAUAUUUAAUUUGAGCUGUGUAUGUGUCUCCUUUUCAGACUCUUGACACAUGAAGAUAAUCACAGCUAAGUACCUGAAGUUGUGAUUGCAAGCAUGUGAAGCCAAUUUCCCUGCAAUUUGAGUUAUGUUUUGAUGCAAAAUAAGGGUGAUUGCAGUCAAGAACACAAAUAUUUGUAGGUGAAACUUUACAUUUUUGGAUUCACUGCUGUGAAUAAAGUGGUAGAGAGGAAUAUCUGACUAGGCUCAUAAAAUCAUGCAGUAGAAUUUCUGUGGCUGUUUUUAUUAAAUACUUUAUUUCAUAUGUAUAAAAGUCAUAUCGAUCACUUUGGAUCAGUUGAUAGAAAAUUUGGAUAAAUUUUAUUCGGAGUUCUUCAGAGACCAGAGUAACAACAAAUGGUGCAUUAUUUUGAGAAUUUGUAAAGAAUUUAUACAACUUAUUUAAUUGUUAUCAUUGUACAUUUCUUUCUAAUGCUUAGAGUGAAUUUUUUCCACUGAAUUACAAUCAGAAUUGCAAUAUAAGAAAUGACAGCAAUAUGUCAAAGUUAAUUCUGUGAAUCAUCAGGUGUUAAAUAUUACUACUGUAUUAAAACAAUAUCUGGCUGUUUGUAAAACCUAGCAAAAAUGGUACGUUGUGUGGAGCUAUUAAAUACAAGUGCAAUGGACAAUAUUUUGUAGUAAUAGCAUGUUAAAACUUGCAUGCAUUUUAUAUUUUUAGUUUGAAUCACUUAAAUUACUGAAUUUAUCAAAACAUGUUUUCAUUUUCUCUUUGAAUGCUUUUUAAUAGCCCAGGCCUCAUGGGCUGAGUGACUGUAUUUCCCUCCACCGUCCACCAGGAGGCGGUAACACAUUUUCUGUGAACUGUCUAGAAGUUUCUCACACGUCAUUCAACCGAACAGGAAUUUCUGGAAGCCCUUAGAAAAUCAAGAUAAGCCAGCUUUGUAAACAAAACUUUGUCUCUAGCCUUCCAGUGUGACUUUCUGUAAUUCCACAAGUGCAAGGGUUACAAUGAAUAAAUGUAAUGGUGAAUGCAGCAAAAA